GGUAGCGGAGGAGGGGGUGGUGGUGGAAACGAAAUGGUGGCGAUGCAUGGAAAGAUUUUUUUUUUUCUUCUUUAUGAAGAUCCCUCUGGCAGAUUUGGGGUUAGGAUGUACAGGAUGAACAAUGAGCGCGCACCCGUGGGUCCAUACGCGAAGCUACACGCUCGGUGCUCCCGUUUUUUGUUUUUUUUUUUGUAAAUUUUAGGCGAUGCUUAAGUUUUUUUUUUUUCUUUUGUAUUUUUGGGGAACCAAUGCUUUAAAAAAGGGUGUCAACGACGGUGAUCUUUUUAGGUUUAGGUUCUGUCAGCCGAUAAAAAGUGGCUAGAGCGGGACUAAAAAAUGCACUUUGGAUUUCGGCCGGUUACAUUUAGGUUAGUUUUCUGAAGAGCAGUGUUUGUGUGUUUUUUUAUUUUUUGUAAAUACUAGGAAAUGUUUAAAGCAAGUUUAAAUCGGUGCCACUCACAUGGCAGACGACUUCUUGCCGCUCGGAACGACGGUGACGCAAAAUUCUAGAGCGCGGAGCGACAGAGGAGCAGGAUUUCCCCCCGAACUUGGUGUUUGCCCUGCAGAAAAGACACGGGAGCAGCUGAGAUCAGGAGAGAGGCACCUUCGUGAAAUUCGCUUGACCGUGAUGCCUUUCGAGAGCCAAUCCAGAGGAAAGAAAGAUGUUUCAGCUUCCUGUGUUUAACCUGGAAAAAAUCCGAAAAUCUAGAAAAAGAGUUAAAGGAAUUUUAUGUGACAUUGGCCUCCAGAGUUGUAAAGAGCUGGUAGGGGAGCUCAAGAGCUUUGAUGCUGGAGAUAAGUAUUUCUAUAAUACGGAAUGGUCAGAUGUUUGUGAAUGGGAUUCGUACAGAAGGAAAAAAAAGCCUCUGUACCGCACCAAGACUUUCUGCUGCAGCCUGUGCAAGUUUUCCACUAAGACUAUUUAUUCCUUCCGGCUGCAUGUUCAGCGGUGCCAUGAAGAGGAACAAGAUAUUGAGACGAUUUCUGGGUGUCCUGUCUGUCCAUUCACUGCUCACCCUAAAGUCAUCAAUCAGCACUUUAAGUUUUUUCAUACUAUGCCACGGAAAAGUCAGCUUUCUCCCUCACAUGCCAUUGUUGGGUCUGCUCCAACUGCCAUGUCGUCUUCUGAUAGGUUUUCCUGUCGAAAAUGCUUCUAUCAAGAUUCCUUGUAUUACUGCAUGAAGAAGCACAUUUUGGUUAUGCAUUAUCCGUCGCUUUUGAGCAGUUAUUUUGGCCAACGAACGGAAUCUGAACUUACUUCAUGUCAGGAAACUGGAUUUUCCCCACUUCGGUUUUACUGUAAGAUGUGCAAUUUACCUGCUGAGAGUUCUGACCAUUUACUAUAUCACAUCCUGACAUCUGAUAAGCACAGAGAACUCGAGGUUCACUUAAAAGCCUUAAUCUAUGAACAUGGAAAACAGGGAAAAAGAAAUCAGCUGGCAAAACUCGCAAGCAUUGCACCAAAGGUUAAAGCAUCUUCUCAAAUUUUAAACGUACCCAUGUUGCCUGGUACUAAUGGACAGCAACCAAUGAAUAUGGUUCCACUUCCUCAGAAUAUUACACAUGGAGUAAUGGGACCACCAAGACCCCCUGAAUGUUCUCCUAUUAAUAGUCCAAUCAUGGCCCCCAAUGUGCCAAGGACUACAGCCACUUCUUCAGGACCUCGGCUUAUGAGUCCUCCAGUUCCAUCACUAAAUCACAUGCGCCCAUCAUUGGUACCACCUGCUGUGAUGCAUGGAGCUCCAGGAUGUAUGCCUCCUAUAGUACGAGCCCCUUGCAGCAAUCAAGGAUUUCUCCCACAAGGGCCAUCUGCUUCUCUUGUACAAAUGUCCCCAACCACUCCUAGAAACUCUCUUCCUCCCACAUCACCAGUGACUUCACUUAUCAGUUCUCAGCCCUCUAGAGUGACUCCAUCUGCUCUGCCUGCUGCUACCACUGUUGCAACCACUUUGAUCCAUGGUGGUGGUGUUGGGAACCAGCAGAAGGGCCCAAUGAAUAUUUCAGUGCCAACAAUAACUAAUAAUGCUCCUAAGCAAAUGCCAGGGUCUCUUCGACUCCCACUACAGCACCAACAGCAGCUGCUGCCACCUCCAUCACAGCAGCAACAGCAGGGCCUAACCUUGAUGCAAACAACUCUUAAUUUCCAAAAUAAAGUAGGACUUCGAGCUGCGGCCCCUCAGUCACUCUUGGUUUCUCAAAGACUUCCACUUACUCAGCCUGUGUCUGCUGUAAAUGCUUCUAAAGGUGCUAUGUUAGCUUCACAGUCUGUGUUAAGUCAACUGAUUCCAACAGGAAAUAAAGUAAAUGGAUUACCAACAUACACACUGGCACCAGUUCAAGUGGCAUUGCCUGUCCAUUCUGGAAAUGUUCAGAACCUUCCCACUUUACCAGUACCGGUGCAGAUCCCACAAGGAAAUCCUGUUACACAAAUUGCCCAACAAGUACCAGUUAAACCCAGUGCAUUACCUGUGGUCCCUCCUAGCCUUGAUUCUUCUGAUGGAUCGAAACAGGCCAAGCAGUGGAUUUCAUGCCCUGUCUGCAAUGAGCUUUUCCCUUCCAAUGUGUAUCAAGUUCAUAUUGAAGUAGCUCAUAAGCAGCAGGCCCCUCCUAAGCCCACAAAUGUGGUACGAGGACUGGCUGCCAGAGCCCCAUUUUUGAAGAAGAUUAAGGAAAAGACCAUCAAAUGUUUAGCGUGCAAAGUGUUACUUUCUGAAAAAGGUCUGUGUGAACAUUUGUUACAUGGUUUGAACUGCUUAUUUUGUCCAGCAAUGUUUAGUUCUAUUAAACAGCUGCUUGAACACACAACUAUGGAACAUAGCCCUAGGCAGAAAGUGAAUUCAGCUUUUAUGGAACGAGAAUAUCGUCUAUACACUGAUGACCAAGGGGAAAUAAUUUUCCCUUAUUUUGAUAUGAAUACAGCUGCACCCAAAGAACAAGUUGGCGAUAGAGAAAUUAAUUUGGCACUAGUGACUGGAUCUCUUGAAUUGAUUUAUAUUAAAGUGCAUCUUGCAAUUGGUCAAACGAUUUGCAAGGUAACUCCAAGGUUCCCGUCUAAGGAUUGCCCUUUUUGCCUUGAAAAGUUUGAGAGUGUCCAUGAUUAUGAGCUGCACUUGAAGAGCAAGCACUAUAUUAUGCCUACAAUUCAUGCAAUUUUAAAAAUGCCAGCUUUCAAAUGCAUCUAUUGCUGUGGAGUAUACACAGGCAAGACAACAGCAAAAGCGAUAUCUGUUCACGUACAGCGCUGCAGAUGUGCUCCCAGGAACAACAAGGAAAUGGAGAAAAUUAUAUAUCCGGACAGCAGUAUUUCGACACUCAUGUCAGUGAAUGGUGGACCUCCGAAGUUCACCAUGCUACCAGCUAUCCCACAUAAUCCCCCAGUAGUCCUCAACUCGCAGACUAUCAAUCCAGUUAUUCAGAAUACUUUAAGGAUUGAAAGUAUAAUGAGAAGCUUAGAAUCCAGUAAGAGUGAAAAAGAAAGUGUUGCUGCGAAAAAACGAAAAAUUGAUUCUGAAAAUGACCCCGUAAGCUCAGCUGUAGAAAAACCCCAAGUCAUUCUAGCACUAGAUCCUACCAGUGUGUCGGUGCGUUCAAAUGAAGCCCGUAAGGAGUUUCUCAAUGCUUACUUCAACAAAAAGCCAUACCUCUCCAAAAAAGAAAUUGAAGUGCUAGCAUCACGUUUGUGGCUCAACAAACCUGAUGUUGCUUGCCAUUUUGGCUCAAAGCGUACCAGAUGCAUGAAAGCAAUGCAGAAAAAGCAACCAGCUGUACUCUUAGGCUUUAAUAUGUCUGAACUGAAAAAAAUAAAACAUAACUUGGAAAUCACUGAAGUCACAAUUGACUGAAACGGAUAAAAACUGUUAAUUAUGUAUUAAAUAUUAUCUCUUCCAAAUUAAGAUGAUAAACUAUGCUAGGUACUAUUUCUAAUUACAUAUCCACUGUAUAGAAAGAAAUUACCCAAAGUCAAGCUGCAGAGAUGCUUUCCGUAGCGCCACUGAAGACCAAUAUAUAUAUGUGAGUGUGUGUGUGAGAGAACAUGAGGGCAAACUCAAAAGUUGACUGUUAAAAUUUUGCUUAGGCUCUUAAGUGCUUGUCCUGGCUCUAUAAGCGUUUUGUUUCACAGCAGUUACAACGCACAAGAAGAAAAAACAAACUACUAACUAAAAAUAGAGCAAGCUGUCAUUUAGAAUUUUCUUAAAAAAAAAAAAAAACAAACUUUGUGGUUCAUUGCAUAUUUAUUGUUGACUAAUGCAAGUUAUAAAUCAAUGCCCCAUGUUUUGCUUUAACACAUAUGUUGGUGUAAACUGCAGCAAUUGUUGUUUUUCCUGUAUUGUUUUUUUUUUUUUUUCUUUUCUUUCCUAUAAUUAGUUUUCAAGUGAGAAGGGAAAGGUCCUCUAGAAAGGGUGCUCUAUGUUUCUACAUGGUCUUGUCUAGAGAUGUUCAUUGGUGUGCCAAUGUUUGACUUGUUUCUUUUUUUUGUGUAUUGUUAAACAGGCUAUAUUUAAAAAGUUACAAUGUGGAUUUUAAAUUUGUUUUGUAUUAGAACUAGUAAAAUUUUUUAACCUAUUAGUUUUAAACUUUUUCAAAUGGUUUCUUGAUUAUUGUAAAAUAUCCCUAAUUCUAUUUUUGACAGGAAAUACUUAGAUGAUUGGGAAAAAUAUAUAUAGAACUAUAAAAAAAAGAAAUAGUAGCUAUACUAUGAACAGAUAGUUUAAGACUGUUCUUUGAAGAGUGUGACCAGUUUUUGCAGUUGCACUUUUUCAGGUUUGCAGGGUGUUAGUGGGGGAAAAUUGCCAAUCUGUAAAUUUGUUCAGUUUGUGGACCAUUGUGUUAUACUACAAUGUGGGUGUGCAGUUGUUUGCACUGCCGUACAUUUUCAUUUUUUUGAAAGUCCCGAUUCCCUUGUUGGAGGCCUUGCCUGUCUCACUGAAUUGUAUUUCUGUGCAUUGGAUUUUGCCCCCCCAGUUUCUCCAAGAAGACAACUUGCUUGUCUUUAAAAUAUGUGUGCCUCACUUUCCACUUCUCUGGAUAUUUGUGUUUCAGUGUGUUGAGUAGAAGAGAGAGAGAGGAUUUUGUGUUUGGUUUAUAUGUCCUGCCCCUUUCCUCCAUUUUAACCAUUGAAGGCCUUACAACAUACUUCGCUGAAAGAUAAAAGCUUAAGAAAAACUGAAGUAUUAGAAUACAUUUGCUUAUGGCUUUAUGAAUGCAUAGAACCAAUAUAAUUUAUAUUACAUUAUGUAGAGGCUGAACAUUAUUUUUGCUGUAGUAGGACAGAGUUGAUUUCUCAGAAAUCAUUUGUCACAUAACCAUUGUACAGAUUUCUUUUUUUAUUUAUGUGAAUGGUAAACGUUCUUUGUAGAUGGUGAAGAUGCUUUUAUUUAGGAAAUAACCUGUUAUAAUAAUUCAGACAUUUCAGCCCAUGAUAGUGGGUUUUUUUUCUCCUUGGAAAGCAGCUGGUAGCAAGAGUGUUGUUGAAAAUACACAGAUUUAGUAUUGGCUUUCUUCUGUAUUGCCAUUAACAAAAUAGUAGUUUGUAACACUCCACCAGUAUUUGGUUUCCUUCUGCAUAUACUUGGACCAUGUUAGGAUGCAGUUGUAGGCUUAAAGUUUAAAGAACACGUUGUACACUAAAAUGUUUAUCUGUUUAUCGUUAAUUUCUGCAUCACUUGUUUGACUGUUUCAAUCAGUCUGCCGUUCUGUAUAUCUCAUUCAUGCCAUUGUGUUGUAAUUGCUUAAUAAAUACAUCUUAAACAAAAUAAGUAUUUGCUGUAUUUAUAUGGUAAAUCUUGGUUAUACAGAUGUUUUAAGACUAUGUUACUUGUUUUGUUUACUCCUCAGUUAAAUGCAAUAUAUUGCUGCUUAUGCAGUUUAAAUAAAAUUUUUGUAGGUCA